CAGUGAAGUUUGAACGGAUCCAUAGGUUGGUGAUUGUUAAAAGGAGAACUCCCAAAUAACUUAGAUUUCUCGUAUUAUUGCAUAAACCCGGUCCAAUGCAUUUUAUAAUACGGAUCUGUACGGGUAUAUGCAUUACACCAAAGAAACCCACGUCAUUUUUGCUAAGCCCCUCCAUAGAGCUACUCAACCCCUCCAACCCUAUCCCGUCGCAAAAUUCUUAGUUGAUAGGAAUUUACCUCCCAACUCAUAGCGAAGAAACACUUAGGUUUGAGAUUUUUUAUCUAUAUACUUUAAAUAUUCAAACGUUUCCAGGAUGCCUACGGAAUUGGAGGAGUUGGUUGGCUUCAUUGCUGAUCCUAAACCUGAGAUUCGAGCUCUUGCGACGGAGCAUCUAGUCCCCUAUUCGACGUCUCAGCCCAGCAUCUUCAAGGUGGAUAAUUCCAAGCCUAUUAAAAACUUGAAGCUCUUAGUGAAAGAUCAUCCGAAAAUUGCCGAGCAUGUUAUAACCAUUCUCAUCAACCUCGCGGCUGAUCAAGAAAUUCUGGAAAGCUUAGCUACGGACGACAAGUUCUUAGAUGAGGUUCUAAGACAGAUAAUUAUCGCAACCGAACCUAACGCAAAUCUCCUUUCCAUGCUACUAGCAAACCUUUCAAAAUGGGACUCCCUAAAGAGGGUCUUGAAUAAGAAGCAGCCAUCGCCAACCGAGCUUGGAUCAAAUGAGCUGGUUUUAAACCAACUAGUCGACCUAUUCGUUAAAGGCGCGGACGGAUCGUAUAACAAGAACGCAGAUUUCGACCAUUUGGCUUACCUGUUUGCUGAUCUAACAAAACAUGCCGAGGUCCGGCACUAUUUUGUACGGAAGCAAGAAUAUGAUGGGGUAAUACCUAUCACAAAAUUGAAGGUCUUCACUGAGUAUAAGUCAAACGUUAGGCGGAAGGGAGUCGCUUCCACUCUAAAGAAUGUCGCCUUUGAUGUACCUUCGCACCCACUGUUCCUGUCGGAGGAUGACAUCGAUAUCUUGCCAUAUGUGCUGCUGCCGAUAAUGGGGAACGAGGAGUACGACGAAGAUGAGAUGAUGUCAAUGCUUCCCGAUCUUCAGCUUCUUCCCCCUGAUAAACAGCGCGAGGACGAUCCGAACAUCAUUCAGACGCACGUCGAGACACUAUUACUUUUGUCGAGCACUAGGGAGGGUAGAGAACAGAUGCGUAAUGUCAAGGUGUACCCAAUCAUUCGGGAAACCCACUUGCGUGUUAAUGAUGAAGGCGUUCGAGAUGCCUGCGAGCGGUUAGUUCAGGUUCUGAUGCGUGAUGAGGAAGAUCCAGAUAAGGUAGAUCGUGUCAAGGAAAUUGGACAGGACGACCAAGACGGCAACGAAGAGGAUGAUGACCAAAUCGUCGAGGUGUAAAUGGCACAGCAUGUGUGAACUUAUUAAUGCCCUAUUGGUAAAAUUGUCCUAUGCCUGCUGAGAAUUAUUAGAGCCUACGGGGUUAUUCGAGCCGUUUAGCUACCUCUGUCAAAACAGACACCAGUAGCCUUCUGAAAGCAAGUCGCUCAGCUCGGAUUCUCUAGCGGGUACACUGCGUCGAGAUUAUAUUAGGUAGCCAUAACCCUCUGGGGUUCUUGGCUAAUGUUAUGCCCUGAAACUGGGAGCUGUGGCUGACAGGUGGGAGGGCGGCAUAAGUCAAGCCCACUCUAGAUGGCUUCCGUUGCAUCAGCCAAGGCGAAUCAC